UCUCAAACAUAAUAGGCUUAGAUAAUUCGCACAGUAUCCCACAGGUUACAAAUUAAAUCCAUCUUUCUCAAUUUACACUGCAAAAACACUCUCCCUGGUGUGCUCACGUUCCGGCUUGUCAUUUUAAGAGCAGCAUCUAUUUUAAAUGAACGAAAUAGAUAUAUGCCGUUAUUUUCAGGGGCAGCAGAAGCAGCAGCUUUCUCCCUUGGCAGAGUUCUCCUAAAGAUUUUCUCUUUUCUCCAGCCUAAGUGACAUUUUUUACACAGCCGACUGUAGCGGCUUGCAGAAAUGUGCUAGCUCAAGCAUUUCGGACCUAAUGGGGAUCUUGACAAGUGCCUGUGUACCAUUUCAGUCUCUGCUGCAAUACAAUACGUUUGCAGACUGGAAAGUUUCUUGCCUUCAGCGUGUGCCAUUGUUUGCUGCAUAUAUGGAUUGAUUAUAGCUUUUUUUAAAAUUGAAAAUCACAAUGGAUCAAGCGCAGGACCACAUUAGGUACAGUUGAGGAGAUGAGACAGUGUUGCCUACACCAUGCCAAGGAGAAGAAGUGUUCUCACAACCCUUCUGAUAGUGCUACCAUGGACUAUCCUGCUGACCAUCUGGCAUCAGAACCCUGCUACUCGCUAUCUCACCAUCCUCAGAAAAGAAACCUAUGAAAACUCCAGUGCGAAAAGCUUGCAGUUUUUAAUAAACGUGACUAAAAUCAAAGAAGAACAACACACUGCAUGCACCCACCAGCAAGAGGUCAAGCCUGCCCAGCAGACCGCACGCAGGUAUGUGUAUUCCAGGCCACCGGGAUGGUCCAGGUGGCUUCCCACCAUCUAUGUGAUCACACCAACAUACACCCGCCCUGUCCAGAAAGCUGAGCUCACCCGCCUAGCCAACACAUUCCUCCACGUUCCUAACCUGCACUGGAUCGUGGUAGAGGAUUCGCCACGGAGGACCAACUUGGUGGAUAGCCUGCUGGAGAGAAGUGGCCUCAAUUUCACGCACUUGAACGUGGAGAGCCCCAAGAGUGUAAGGAUAGGUCUGGCCAAGGAUUCCUCUCACACCCCCAGAGGGACGUUACAGAGGAACCUGGGGCUGCGCUGGCUCAGGGAAAACCUGAUCCUCAGUGACUCCCUGGAGGGUGUGGUCUACUUUGCUGAUGACGACAACACCUACAGUCUGGAGCUCUUUGAGGAGAUGCGCUCCACUCAGAAGGUCUCUGUCUGGCCAGUGGCUUUUGUGGGCGGUCUACGAUAUGAGGCACCCAAGGUAAACACUGCAGGGAAGGUAGUUGGUUGGAAAACAGUGUUUGACCCAAAUCGGCCCUUUGCGAUUGACAUGGCAGGGUUUGCCAUCAACAUCAGGCUGGUGAUCAAGAGACCCUGGGCCAACUUCCAGCUGAGCGGUGUCAAGGGAGGGUACCAGGAGACCAGCCUACUGAAGGAGCUAGUUACCAUAGCUGAGCUGGAGCCAAAGGCCGCAAACUGUACAAAAGUUCUAGUGUGGCACACCAGAACUGAAAAGCCUACACUGGUCAAUGAGGGGAGACAAGGAUUCACAGACCUGAAGGUGGAAGUCUAGACAAUGGACUCCCUGCCCUAUGAGCCAGGCUGUUUGAAGAUGUUGGCAGUUUUAAGAACUGCACGUGUUUAUAAAGCUUACUGCACCGAAUGGCUGCCAAGGUAAGGCAAACCGACGGAAGAGGAAACUGCAAGCCGCAUAGCCACGCUGGCUAAAAGACUGUCGCAGUACUGCACAAGACCAAGCACUUCAGCAAAGAAAAGUACUGCAAACUUCGCCUAAACAGCUCCACAAAUAUAACUACGCUAUACUUUCUAACCCUUGAGAAUAUAAUAGUGCAUAUUAUAUUCACAUUGUGCUCUUACUGAUUCAUAUUCCAAUACAGGACUACAGUAAGCUCAAAGUUCAGUUAAAAAUUCAGAUUGGAAUUUUUCAUUUUUACUUUAACACACUGGCUGACUGGCAGAAUAUAAUAGUGUAGAAUCUGUGAGGCAGGAGAAUCAGAGCGUGCUACUGAUACUGCAGAGAUGGCCUGAAUGAAGCACUGAGUUGUCAGAUACAGGAGCACAUUUCUAACUGCCAGCUACCCAUGCAUGAAAUAGCAAUCAAUGUGUAAAGCGAAGCAUUGAAAUAAUAAAAAAAUAUUAUGCUACGGUGCAGUGUUAAAUCCAGUAUACAGAGACACCCUAUAUGUAUUUGAAAGUGACUUGGUGCUGGCAACAAGCCACAUGUCUUAAAGUUUCUUGCAAAUGUUGUUGGAUUAUUGGAGUUAUAUGGAACUAAUGACAUUAUAAAGUUUAAGAGCAGGAGGCCACAAAUGGAAGCUUAUAUUUGAAUUUCUGUGCACAACCACACAGGUCCUCUGAUUUGUAGAGCCUUGAGUUUAAACUCAAAACUCCAUAACAACAACAUAAGAAAAACUUGGAGACACCUACAGAAAAUGUCAUGGUAUUUCCUGUCUGUUGUCUGCAUUGUUAUAUUACUGCAUAGAACUGCCACCGUUCUACAGUUAUAAAGUGGAGUAGCCAUGUUUUGGCCUUAAUGGACACCAGGGAAAACACACCUGUUUUUCUUCAAAUGAUGGUCAGGGUUCUUGAUCACAAAGUAGACUGGGCCUUGACUUAAUGUCUUCAAAGAAGCCCCUCCUAAAGGACGAUGUUCCCUGUAAUCAGGUUAGGGUGACUGAGUCCUGGCCUAGAGCAGAGCCACCAACACCACUUAAUACCUGGCACCUGGUGUCCCUCAGAGGUCUCCCACUGAAUAAGCAGGCUCAGCCCUAUUGAUAGUUUUGUGUUUUGUCCUCGCUUCAGCAAAAAUACCUGGACAAUUAGGAAAUUGGGAGCAAAUUGGAAGUUAAACUCAAAGUACAAAAAUGGGUUACCGGAGAAGGUCAUUGGAGCAACAAGGGUUGGAGUUUGGGGAUUUGAGGGGAUGAUAAUGAACUGGUUAAUGGCAGAGUUGAGUACAGGCCAAGCUCAUUGGGAUGGAUUGCCUUGAAUUGAGGCCUUAGAAUCUUGUCUUUGACCUUAAUUAAGAUUGACUGAUAGCUUAUCCUAGCAGGUAAUUGGGUUCCUCAUUGAAUUUGACUGGUUGGAAUGAGUAUUGUGUUAUCAUUGUCUUUGUUUUACCACACCUGAAGUAGCACUUCAUUUGUUAUUUGUUUGUCUUGUUGUCCUACACUAUACCUUCACAAGACACUAAAGAUAUUCACUUUCUUGAUAUCAGUACCGAAAAUGUUGAACUUUUGUAUAAGCCUUGAAAGCACUUGACAGUUGAAGGAUGACACUGCAGUAUUUAAUAUUCUUAUUCUUUUUCAUAUUUGUCUAAUAUAUAUAUAAAAAAAAAAUCACCUGCCCACUGCAACAUUUCAGAAGAUAUGGAAAUAGUAGCCUUACACAGUAUGAAAAAUAAUUCAAUUCAUAAAUAGUUAUUGUAAUUCACUCACCAGGCUCUCCUGCCAUUCAUCCUUCAUAAUUUAGGUGCCCAUUUUUCUCUAACUAGUGCACAUGGUUUAGAUUGAAGUAGGUGAUUUUUAUCAUUAGGGUUCAUUAUCAAAAUGAUUGUGGAAUAUUUCUAGUUUACAUUGUCAGUGAAUAUCUAGAUGCAAGCAACAAUGGUAGCAUAUUAAUAGUAUUACCCAGUAGACACUGGUAAUCCACUGCAGUAUUAUAAUACCAUAUCAGUAAUACCAGUGUUACCGUAACAGGAACACUGUACAAAAUCUGUUCCAACUCCAAUGGUUUGGCUACAAGGUAAUGUACUGGUAUUACUGUAUGAUGGUAUCCAGCUAGCAUUUUUUAAAUCUGUAUAUAAAGUUGCAUCAUAUGUAGUUGUAUCUUGGUAAAAUGUUUCAGAUGUGUUAUAGUCAUAUCCAAUGAGACAGUGAAACAUCUUAUGAAGGAAUGGUUGAAAUCAUAACUACAAUCAGCACAAACAUUGCAUUCCAAAGGCUUUAUAGCAGUGCUCUUACCUCUUUUCAGAAAAAGGGAAAAAAAGGCAUGAAAUUCCUAUCUUAAGAAAAACCACAAAUUGACUUUUACAACAAAGAAACACCUACAACUAUUGUAAACUUUUCACUUUGAUGGUUUAGUGUGGUCGUUGGACAUGCAGUCUUGCUCCAAGCAUUUGAAAGAGAUUAGUUAAGAUGAUUUAUUGAUAUAAUAACCAGUAUCCUUUUUCGUAAUCUGUGCAUAAAUACAUUUUAGUAAAAUAAAUACAAAAAUAAAUAACCACAUAGCUUGGUGGCAUAAAUGAAUAUAAACUGUAAUUUUAUUGUAAAAGCUUUCUUAAUUGUACUGUAUAUAGUUUAAAAUAUUAAUAUUAGGUGAAUAAAUAUUUAGCCAAACCGUUCAUCAGUGUUUUUAGUGUAAUAAGUUUUUUUUUUGUUUUGUUUUGUUUUAUCAAGGUCUUUCCUCAGUUUGUACAUUAAAAUUAAUGUCUAAAAAGUGGCCUGUGUUUGUUAAUAGUCUUGUUGCCAGUUUUGAUACAAAGACAUUUAUCACUGGGGGCACUGUGUGUUGUUAAAUGAAGAUCAGUAUUUAAUAAUGUUCAAUUAGGCUCAUGUUUCUUUGCAUUGCAAAAAGGCCUUGUCUUCCAGGUGAGUGAUGAUUACUGCAGCCUUUUGUUAUUGCCGUGGAAACGUGAACAUAGGCAAGUGUUUGAUCAAGGGAAGACUUGCCUUCUCCAUACAUAGGCACACAGAAGAGAGGUGUGAGACCAGCUGAAUGAGGAAUGACGUGGAAGGGUUGUUUAAAUAAUGUAUAAAUAAUGUUUCAAUCAGUGUUUUAAUCUAAAAGAGAAAUAUGUUUUUCUAGUGCUGCUAGUUGCCAAAUGAAAAUGACGUGCAUUCACUGGUAAUACAAUCUGUUUUGCAAUUUGAUACUGUGUCCUGUUAUACUCAUGUACAUUUUCUUUUUUUUCUGUAUUUGCUUUUUAAAAUAUAAAACAAAUGCGCACCUACCUACUGUAAAACAAGCAACUGGUAAGACAGUGUACACGGUAUAAUGUCACUGUGCAAAUUCACUGUGUUAAAGUCUUACCCCUAUCGGUUUGAAUGAGAUAUAUUCUUUAAAUAAUUGAAUUAGUAAACAAUAAAAGCUGCUUAAUAUCUCAUAAUUUGUCAGUAAUGUAAUAAAAGCUUUCUUUCUAAAUCCAUGAAAACAAA